AUGGAGGCGGCGGCGGCGGCCUCGGCCUGCCUGCGCGCCGUGGGGCUGCAGCUGUGGGUGCGCGCCCCGCGGGUGCUGCCCGCGCUGCUGGCGCCCGCGGCGCUGCUGGGGCUGCUGCUGGGGGCCGCGGCCGCCGCGCUGCUCUGCCGCUGCGCGCUGGGGCCGCGGCGGCGCAGAGAGAAGGACGAUUCCCAGAGACUUCUGGAAGGCUUCAACCCUGAUGAGAAAGGGCAUACACUCACAAAAAGUGAAACAGAGCCCGAUACCUCAAAAGAGGAAAUGGUGUCGGAGGAAGAUGAGUCUCCUCUGAGCAGUAACAUCACAGCGUUUGCAUUAAAGGCAAAAGUCAUCUAUCCAAUCAAUCAGAAAUUUAGGCCGUUGGCAGAUGGCUCAUCCAAUCCAUCUUUGCACGAGAAUCCAAAGCAGGCUGUUCUGCCUAAUCAGGUAAUGGAGACAUCCACUUCGGGCAGCCUGAGCUCCCUCAGCCAGGGAGACAAGGAGGACUGCAGCUCCUCCACGACAAUUCACUCCUCUGCCAGCGACGACAGAUUUCAGGCUCGGACUUUCCUCAAGGUGACCCACUUCCCCGAAGUGCUGACUUGCGAGAGUUUUGAUGUUAAGCUCUGCCUCUGCAGUCUUCUUUUAAAAGAUAUUAUGCUUCUUGAUACUGAACUCAGAAAAGAAAAGCAUGUGAUUUUUAUUCAGAUUCUCAAAAUAUACCUCACAGACUUCUAUGAUAAAAAGAAGAUUACGGAUGAUUUGUUCAAGAAAAUCCUUUUAAUUCAGGAAAAUGAUUUUGAAGAAUUACAGAAACAACUUGACUCUAGACUUCAGAAUACUGAGAUGUCAGGAGCCCAUAAUUCUGAGUACCAGACCCUAGAAGACUUAGAAAGAAAAGAAAGAGAAUAUUCUGAGCACAUAAUAGAUAAUAUGGAAGCUUUCUGGAAGCAGGCUGACAAAGCCCAGCAAUUUCUUUUGGAUCAGUCAAAAUGCUCAGGUGCCACAGCAGCAAAGAUAACUAUGGAUCUGACUGAGAGGAUGAUUGCAGUAGAAGAGUUAUUAAGUGAAUCACAGGAUUUACAUGCAAUGGACAUUCAGGAAAGGUUAUUUAACUGGGAGCUUAUGAUAAAAGUGAUCGAUUCACUGAAGUCAUAUAUACCGGAAGAGUGCAAAUGUAGAUUAAAUACGGUAUCAAAUAUUUUAGACCAUUUAACUGUAAAGAAUAAUCUCUCAGUCCGACAAAAAGAAGAGCUUUUAACAGACCUGCACAAGGCCUUCUGGGAACAACUCACAUGUUUCAGUAAUGAAUGUGUCCAGCAAAGUAAAGACCUGAUCCUGAAACAGCUGGAGUACCGUGCAAAAAAGAGAGAAGAGUUCAAACACAGACAGAAGGCUGAACAAGGGAGCCUCCUCAGUAAAACUUUUCAUACUGAAGAUUUUCAUGAUUUUCUUAAGGCUUACCAGGAGCUCUUAGAGAAGCAUCAGCAGAUACAGUGGGACCUGGAAGAGGAGGAUGACUGUGAGAGCGCGGAGGCUGUUACUGAUCUCUACAAGGAGUUGCACUCUAAAGCUUCCCACGCUUUAGCGGAGCUGGUGAAGGAGCUGUUUCUUCAGACCCUUCCCAUUGUGACCGGCCUCUCUGUAAGAGAAUGCGAACUUCUGAAAGAGGAAUGGCAGGAGAAUUUGGUCCCUCAGCUGGAGAAAUGCUAUGCCUUCCGCCAGAGACGCUGGAAGCUUUUCCAGGAACAGCUGCUGCAGGAGAAGAAGCUGUGGCUAAAGGAGUAUGCCCUGUCUGCUGUGAUACAAAAGCACCUAUCAGAGAAACAAGAGAUGGUUAUUCAAGGCGUCGUUAGCAGACUAGGAGGUCUCAGUGAUGAGUCUGUGAACUAUAUAUUGCAAAAACACAGGCUUCUGCUGUGUUCAGUACUCAGAAGGGUAACUCUCCGAAAAAUUGGGAUGGCUACUCUGACCCGCAUGAGGAUGUCCAGGAAGAAGAGCUUGCUUCAGGAGCUGCAGGAGCAGCAUGUCCUGCAGAAGAGCUCCUCCCACUGCCAGGAUGAAGAUCAGUGGCAGCUACAGAAAGCAGUGGAGUCCCACAUCCUGGAAGAAGAGGAGAAACUCGAGGAAGAAACACAGCAAACACAUUUAGAAUUUCACCAGCAGUUAGUCACCGAAAUCCAAGAAGCUCUUCAUUUUCUUCAGCAACACAUGGAGCAAGUGAUUGGGCAGACAGUGCUGCAGCAUGCCCGAAAGGAAGCUGCAAAAAAGAAUUCAGAUGAUGGACAGGACUUCAAGGAGAGGCUGGUGGAAACAGCUGUAGAAAGUGUGUAUGGGACCAGUAAUAAUAUCAAUAGGCUGGUGCAAAACUAUUACCAACAAUUAGGAAAAAUCACAGAAAGUUAUGAAGGGAAAAAACUUCAACAAUUGAAAUCCUUACAAGCAGAAAGAAGUGAAAGGAGUAGACUUAGAAAGAAACAAGAGAAUGAACAGGCGUUGAAAGAAAAACUGAACAAAGGUCUCCUGGAUGUAUCGUCUGCGAUCCAUCAAAGGAUGAUGCUGCAGCAAAAGAAGGUUUUAGCUCAGUUUGAACUGCAGCAGCAGAUUCGUCUGGAGUCUCUGAAACAGAAGAUACUGGGGUUGCAUCAGCUAGAAACCGAGCUGGAGAAUCAACUACAGGAAGCAGAGGAGGACUUUGUCACAGAGGUAGCUACACUGGCCCGCGUUCCACUCGCCGUGAAGAAGCAGCUUUCCAAAAGGAGCAAGACAACAGGGGAAAAAACAAACUCAAAAAGAAAGACCUUUCAACCUCUGGUAUCAGAAGAUAAAGGUGAUUCUCAUGAAAAUAUUCAAGAUCCCCCCGGACAGACUUCUGGCUUAUGCAGAGAUAAAUUGCAGAGUUCACAUGAAGGGGAGACUGAGCCAAGAAAAACCUCAAAGAUGCUAAAAGAAAGAGACAACAGGUAGUAAAAAUAUUUAUAUGAGCUGUCUGAACACAGAUUACCAAAGCAUUCUUCUGGGUGACCUCAGCAGCUAUAAAUACUUACUGAGCUGGUUUACAGAGGAACAAUGAAGAACAUCAGUAAUAACCGAGAAAUCUUCUUUAGCUACAGACCAAAAAUCAAUCCUGUGUGCCUUUUGCUGUUAAUGAAACAGUCUCACUUGAUUUUGGUAGGGAGGAACAAGGAUGUCUUUCAUAAAAGCUCUUCCAGAACACUGAGGGAAUGUGGAUGUAGCUUUAGAUGAGGACUAUACCUGAGAAAAGUGCACUUGUAGCUGAACAGAUCUACACUAGACCGGUUGCCAAUGUUGGUAUAUCCCAGGAUGGUUUCAUUGUAAUAGUGAUGUACCAUAUGCUUUUGAGCCCUAAAUGUGGUAGAUCUGGUCUUGAUAUUUUGAUUGCUGCUUUAGACUAAAAAAUAAAUAAAGAAAAAUGUAGAGAAUAUUUAAAUAUAUUUCAGAUGUCAGUGGUACAUCGAAAGAUUUAAUUUUUCUCUCUUUCAUUAUAUUUUAAUGUUUAUCAGGCUUUGCUUUUUAAAAAUUUUUUACAAAGAUUUUGUAAAUGUAUUUCCCACCUCUUGUCUCAAAUUUCAAGUUAUUGUUAGAAUGAGACAAAACCUGUUGUUUCAUUUUUUUACACUUCACUUCCUAUUCUUCCUAAAGUAAACUCUUUGUUUUCAGUAUACUUCAUGAUGUUCAUUGUGUUUCUUGUGGGUAAUUUUGUUGUUACGCAAAGCAGCUAAUUUUUGUUAGCUAUACAGAACACCUGUAUAAAGUAAUA